UCGAAGACUGGCCCGGACUGUGCAGAAGGGCCGAAUUUGUGCCUAAUCGCCUGUCUGCGCUUACACCUUAUGAUCCUCAACAAGGCGGCUCUCUCGAUUUGCACAAUGUUUAUUUUUCCUCAUCUACCUUUUUUUUUCUUAACCAAGUUAGGGUAAUAUUUCACAGGGGAGAAAGGGCUAAGGCUCCAAAUUGACAUGCGACUAUAUUCAAACAGCCCACUGACACUUGGCACCUCCUAAACAUGGUUCUGACACAGUUUAACAAAUCCCUAACUGCGUGAGGUCUACGUCUAGUUGUAGGAGGAAGACAGCAUAAAUACCAAAGUAUACGGCAAGGAGCAAGUACUGAGGAAAACAAAAAAUGGCAGCAGGUGUUCUGGGACAAAAGCUCAGAGUGGUUGGCAAGAAACCUUAUCCUUAAAGUUUGAGGCUCAAAGUGCUGUACUGCAAUUGCUGGCUGGUCAGAGUUAUCCUGACAUCCUAUUGUGCUUACCUUGGCACAUGAACUUAAUAAUUUCUGAAGCCCUGAAAUUGUGCACAGACAACAUGCCGGUGACGCUCUGCCGACUUCGGACUCACCAGUGGUGUUUCGUUCUCUUUACCAUCGUACUGUUUCAUGCCUUGCUCUUUGGAGCUGACUUUGUAGAAGAAUAUUUCUUACAUUCUUUGCCUCAUGUAGAUAUGAAAAUCCUUGAUAUUAAGAACAAGGCAAGAAAAUUGAACCUGGAACCUUUAAGAGGGAAUCCUUCCAAGUAUUAUGUCCUGAGCCAGCCUGAGGCAUGUAACGGGAAGACCAUCUUUCUGCUCUCUCUUAUCUUCAGUAGCCCAGGGAAUAGAACAAGACGGGAGCUCAUCCGGAAAACCUGGGGUAGUGUGACCAACUUCCACGGCUACCCAAUUCUCACAUUGUUUGCUCUGGGAAUGCCAGCAUUGGUAACUACGCAGGAAGAGAUAGACGCGGAGUCUCAGAAGAAUAAUGAUAUAAUUGAAGGGAUUUUCUUGGACAACUCUGAAAACCAAACCCUGAAGGUCAUCUCAAUGACACAGUGGGCUGUGGCCUUCUGUCCCAAUGCCCUGUUCAUUCUCAAAGCUGAUGAGAAGGUGUUUAUCAAUCUCCAGGGCUUAGUAGACUAUCUUCUCAGCCUGAAAGGCCACCUGGGAGGUGUCUAUUUAGGAAGAGUUCUUCAUCAGGGUCUACCUAACAGAGACCCCCAGAGCCAAGAAUUUGUCCCUCUUAGUGAGUACCCUGAAAAAUACUACCCAGACUACUGCAGUGGGGAGGCCUUCAUAAUGUCCCAGGAUGUGGCUCGGAUGGUGUAUGUGGUUUCCAACGAAGCACCUAUUAUGGUGCCGGCUGAUGUGUUUGUGGGGAUCUGUGCUAAGUCCGUGGGCCUUAUACCUAUCCACAGUUCACGGUUUUCUGGGGAAAGACACAUCACAUAUAACAGAUGCUGCUACAAGUUCAUCUUUACAUCCUCAGAGGCUACAGAUGCUGAAACUUCCCUGGCAUGGAAAGAAAUGAAUGAUGGAAAAGAGUGUUCGCUGCUUGAGACUUACUAUGGGCUCAUUUCCUGCAAGCUUCUGACAUACCUUGACAGCUUCAAGCGUUUUCACACAGGGAGCACAGAAGAGCGUGCUGUGUAUUUUGGUGACUAGUAUUCACUCGCUGUUAGAUGUCUUCCUCUUAAAGUGCUGUUUUCCUAUUACAGAAGGCAAACUCUCUGCCCACAUUAUGUAGCUUCUCUGACUCUGUUCAUACCUAGCAAAACCACAAGAUGUUCCUAGUGUUCUGAUGUAUUCAAUCUUGACAUCUUGAUUUUCAUGUUUAAGACAUUCAAAAUAGGACAGUGUGAAACUUUUCAAAAUAAAACCUUCAAUUUCAUUAUGACAUA